GUAUGUUUUGCUAAAGCACUCAACGUCGAUUUGUGGAAGAACAAACGUUUGUUCGAGUACUGCUUUUGCUCUGGAAGAUUAAUCUUGAUCUCAAGUCUAUAAAUAUUCACAACAAAGAUGAAUUUUAGCAAUUAUUCCUUGCCAAAUUUUAAGUUGUCCAAAGACUUAACAGUAGAGCAAGGCAUCAGGUCUUUCCUGUAUGCCCUAACACCUUCAGAGUCUUCUUUCGCACAAGUGAAUGAUGUCCCAGAUUACCUGAAUGACAUAAUUCCAUUGUUUAUUAGUGCGAUCAUUUUGGAAAAUAUACUUCUCUUCUUCAUGGGUUUGCCCAGGUUGAGGUUGAAUGAUGCUUUUAGUUCUUUGUCAGCAGGGAUGUUUAUGCAGUUAACAAAGGUCAUUGUGUUCAGUGUUGAAAUAGCUGCUUAUAGUCAUAUCUACAAUMACUACAGGCUUGCUAGUCUUCCUUGGGACUCACCAUGGACUUGGUAUCUAUGUUUCCUUGGCGUAGAYUUCUUCUACUAUUGGUUCCACCGAGCCACGCAUGAAAUUAAUAUACUAUGGGCAAACCAUCAAGUGCAUCACAGCUCAGAAGAUUACAAUUUGAGUACAGCAUUGAGACAGUCUGUUUUACAGCACUAUACGAGCUGGGUGUUUUAUCUCCCAAUGGCUCUUGGGAUACCAACACCAAUCUUCUUGGUCCAUGCACAGUUUACUAUGUUAUAUCAGUUCUGGAUUCAUACAGAGGUUGUACGAUCUCUUGGUCCAUUGGAAUACAUCUUAAACACUGCAAGUCAUCAUAGGGUUCACCAUGGACGCAACCCAUACUGUAUUGAUAAAAACUAUGGAGGAACACUUAUCAUUUGGGACAGACUAUUUGGAACCUUCCAGGAAGAAAAGUCUUCAGAAAAGAUAGCUUAUGGUCUGGUCCAUCCUGUGGCCAGUUGGAAUCCUAUAUGGGUGCAGAUCUGUCACUAUCACCAUAUUUGGAAUACAUUUUGGGGAGCUGAGGGGAUAAAUAACAAGCUCUCAGUGCUGUUUAAAGGACCAGGAUGGGCCCCUGGUACACCUCGUCUUGGAAACCCUGAUGACCUUCCUCAGAUUGAGUAUCCCAUCAUGAAGUAUGAUAGUGCUCCACCAAUGUGUUGUAAUGUGUAUGCUAUUUGUCACGCUUUGAUAUUCCAACUKGCCUACGUACAGCUUCUCUCAAAACACAUGGUGUUAAAUCCUGUCAAUGUGUGGGGCGUGGUUCUGUUUUUGAUUUUUACCAUGACGUCCAUUGGAGCUCAGUUUGAUUGCAAGUGGUAUGCACCUUACAUGGAGUUUACAAGGUGCAUGUUAUUUCUACUUGUUGACCUCGUCCUCUCUUCACGGAACAUGGACACUGGAGUUUUGCCAAAGUUUUCUCUCACGGUGAUCAGAGCUGUUUUCGUUGGAUCGACGUUUCUGUGGAUGGUCAUAUGUGUGGGACCAAGRGACAAAAAGAAAGUACAAUAACAACAUAAAAAUCAAUUUACGUACGAAUUUCUUUAGCUCCCAGCACAAGAGACGAACUCGACUUACGGCUCGUGGGCGCGUGUCGAUUUACRUGCCCAAUUCUCUAGCUUGCUUCGCUCGCAAAAUAAUAAUCGAGUUCGACUUUGGCAAGUCUACUUGAUUACGUAUUGCGAAGAUGAUUAUGUUUAACCAUUGCAGAUUUCUUAGCUCUUGAAGGAUUGUUUUAUUUUUGUAUUCUGUAAAUACGGUAACAAUAUUAUAUCAWAGUUUAUGGUGGAAAUAAUACUGAAAAUGUAUACAUUUUAAUUUUUUAACACAUAAAAUUCAUUAAUAAUCAGCAAUUGGAUGUUUUUAAC